CUGCCAGUGGCCGCCGUCGCUUUCACUGACGGCAGGAUUGCGUGCAUCUUGUAAGUUGUAACCCAACCUCUGCUCUUCUUCCAAAUCAUCCCUGGUUCUGUCGUUGACUUAUUGCUAUCUCUCCUUUGCCUUUGUUUUUUGCUGUUCGUCCGCCGGCGUCUCCGGAUCGAUGACGGGCAGCGGCGAGUCGUACCCGGCGCUCGAGGCGAGCCUUCUGUCCGACGAAGCGGCGGCGUCGGCGAGGAGGAAGUGGGAGAAGACGUACCUGGACGUGCUGGGCGUGUGCUGCUCGGCGGAGGUCGCGCUCGUCGAGCGUCUGCUGGCGCCGCUCGACGGCGUGAGGGCGGUGUCCGUCGUCGUCCCCUCCCGCACCGUCGUGGUCGAGCACGACCCCUCCGCCGUCUCGCAGUCCCGUAUUGUGAAGGUCCUGAACGGGGCGGGCCUGGAAGCCUCGGUGCGAGCCUACGGCAGCAGCGGGGUCAUCGGCCGAUGGCCCAGCCCGUACAUCGUCGCCUGCGGCGCCCUCCUCCUCGCAUCCUCCUUCAGGUGGCUCCUGCCUCCCCUGCAGUGGCUGGCCCUGGGGGCGGCCUGCGCCGGCGCUCCCCCGAUGGUUCUCCGAGGGUUCGCCGCCGCCAGCAGGCUCGCGCUGGACAUCAACAUUCUCAUGCUUAUCGCUGUUGUCGGUGCCGUCGCGCUCAAGGACUACACGGAGGCAGGCGUCAUCGUCUUCCUCUUCACCACUGCAGAGUGGCUCGAGACCCUGGCCUGCACCAAGGCCAGCGCCGGGAUGUCGUCGUUGAUGAGCAUGAUCCCGCCGAAGGCAGUCCUCGCCGAGACGGGCGAGGUUGUCAAUGUACGCGACAUCGAUGUCGGCGCCGUCAUCGCGGUCAGAGCAGGGGAGAUGGUGCCGGUGGACGGCGUGGUUGUCGACGGGCAGAGUGAGGUCGACGAAAGGAGCCUCACCGGCGAGUCGUACCCGGUGCCCAAGCAACCGCUGUCCGAGGUCUGGGCCGGCACGCUCAACUUGGACGGUUACAUCGCCGUGAGGACAAGUGCCCUCGCCGAGAACUCCACGGUGGCCAAGAUGGAGAGGCUGGUGGAAGAGGCGCAGCAGAGCAAGUCCAAGACGCAGCGGCUGAUCGAUUCCUGCGCCAAGUACUACACGCCCGCCGUGGUGUUUCUCGGAGCAGGGGUGGCACUGCUGCCGCCGCUGGUGGGGGCGCGCGACGCGGAGCGGUGGUUCAGGCUGGCGCUGGUGCUGCUGGUGAGCGCGUGCCCGUGCGCGCUGGUGCUGUCGACGCCGGUCGCGACGUUCUGCGCGCUCCUGACGGCGGCGAGGAUGGGGCUCCUCGUGAAGGGAGGGGACGUCCUCGAGUCGCUGGGCGAGAUCAAGGCCGUGGCGUUCGACAAGACCGGCACCAUCACCAGAGGGGAGUUCACCGUCGACAUUUUCGACGUGGUCGGACACAAGGUUCAGAUGAGCCAGCUUCUUUACUGGAUCUCAAGCAUCGAGAGCAAAUCCAGCCACCCAAUGGCGGCUGCGCUGGUGGAGUACGCGCAGUCGAAAUCCAUCGAGCCGAAACCCGAAUGCGUCGCUGAGUUCCGCAUCCUUCCCGGCGAGGGCAUCUAUGGCGAGAUCGACGGGAAGCGCAUCUACGUCGGGAACAAGAGGGUCUUGGCAAGGGCAUCCUCCUGUCAGACAGCAGUUCCAGAAAGAAUGAAUGGUCUGAAAGGCGUCUCGAUCGGCUACGUGAUCUGCGACGGGGACCUCGUCGGGGUGUUCUCGCUCUCCGACGACUGCCGGACCGGCGCGGCCGAAGCGAUUCGAGAGCUGGCGUCCAUGGGCAUCAGCUCAGUGCUGCUCACGGGGGACAGCGCGGAGGCGGCCGUGCACGCGCAGGAGCGGCUGGGAGGAGCCUUGGAGGAGCUCCACUCCGAGCUCUUCCCGGAGGACAAGGUCCGGCUGGUGAGUGCGGUGAAGGCGAGGGUUGGCCCGACAAUGAUGGUCGGCGACGGCAUGAACGACGCCCCGGCGCUGGCGAUGGCGGACGUGGGCGUCUCCAUGGGCAUCUCCGGCUCGGCCGCGGCCAUGGAGACCAGCCAUGCGACGCUCAUGUCUAGCGACAUCCUCAGGGUCCCCGAGGCCGUCAGGCUCGGCAGGCGCGCCUGCCGGACUAUCGCCGUAAACAUGGUGUCCUCGGUGGCCGCCAAGGUCGCCGUCCUCGCGCUCGCGCUCGCCUGGCGCCCGGUGCUGUGGGCAGCGGUGCUCGCCGACGUGGGGACGUGCCUGCUCGUCGUGCUCAACAGCAUGCUGCUGCUGGGGGAGGGGGGCGGACGCCGCGGAAAGGAGGAGGCGUGCCGCGCCACGGCUAGGUCGCUGGAGAUGAGAAGGUCUCAACUCGCCGCCGUUUCACCGGACGCUGCCACUAAAAGCGUUGGAAAGACGGGCGGCGACGCAUCGAAAGGCUGCCAUUGUUGCCACAAGCCUAUCAAGUCCCCUGAGCACUCGGUUGUCAUCAACGUACGGGUAGACGAGCAACGUGAAGGGCCGACGGACGCGACAUGUACGCCGGCUAAAAAUGUCGAAGUCACCGGACUUGUCGACGCCUCCGUAAUGCCUGCUUCAUCGAGCUGCGUGUCGGGAGGAGGAUGCUGCUCCCGUGAAAAAACAGGUAGGAACAUGUAGCAAGGGUAGCGUGCAAGGAAAUGGCUCCCGUUGGUGGUGGCGAUAUACGUGGAAAGUGGCAACGUACAUCCACCAAACUGGUUUGAAGUGUUCAAACAUUGAUGUACAAAAUGAUGUUGAAAAAACAUGUUGUACAUACUGUGGUAGCCAUGAAUUGAUUAGUUAUCGAGCAGUGUAAAA